AUGGACGCAGAAGUGGUUCGUGUAUACGUUGACGACAUCAUAAUUGGGACAAAAACAAGGGAUGCCCACCUUGGCCUGGUCUUGCGAGUUCUGGAAAGGCUGCGAGAAGUCGGACUGAGGAUUAGCAGGGAAAAAUGUGAGUUCCUAAAGACGGAGCUUUCCUUCCUCGGGGUGAUCGUCACACACAACACUCUCACUCCAGACCCCAAACGUGUGUCGGCCCUGAGCAAUGCCCCCAUCCCAAAGGACCAGACGGAAUUGAAGCGUUUUGUGGGUGCAGUACAAUACAUAUCUCGCCACAUUCCAAACCUUGGCGAGUUCCUCAGUCCCAUAUCUCCGUGGCUCAAGAAAGGGAGCUUCAAAGUGACUCCUGACUUCGAACGACAUUUCCGGAGUCUGAAACUGGCCCUGGCGGACACGGUGUCGCUGACCAUGCCGGAUCCACAAGAAGGAUUCCUCCUUUUCACAGAUGCUUCCAAUGUAGCGGCAGGGGCUGCUCUCUGGCAGCCGCUCGAGUCCCCGAAAUUGAUUGCUUGCCUCUCGCACACCUUCUCCACCACCGAACGCAAUUGGAGUACCACGGAACGCGAGUGCUACGCCAUCGUGUGGGCUCUCGAAAAGCUGCAUAACAUCAUCAAAGGAAGCGAAGUGGUGGUUUUCACCGACCACAAGGCGCUCGAACAUCUCGAUUCCACCAAUAACGCGAAGUUGAGCCGCUGGAGGGCCCGAAUCUGCGAGUUCACGGUGACCUUCCACUAUACAGCCGGUAGUUCCAAUAUUGUGGCUGAUUGGCUCAGCCGUCUCGAUUCGGACCACGAUCAGACUAUUGACACGAUAGCCGUACCAGCAUUUAUCGCUAUACCUCCACCCGUCUCAGCGGAGGACCUGCGCUCAGAACCGCCCGCUCCCGAAGAUAUUCCAUUCCUGACCGAGACGCCCAACGGCCGG